UUCACGUUUGCCUAGCUCAUCCGUCACCAAACAAUCAUGGCGGACUACCGAGAAGCGCCCUUGGCCACUCGGCCAAAAACACUGGACGCUAACGAAUAUUUCAACCUUUCGGCAGAUAAGCGACGUGCGGAAGAAGACAGGGCAGCGUUACGAGCGAACCUAAAGAGGCAGUAUCAGACCCAACUCAAUAACCCGCACAGGAAAGAGCUCAUUGAAGAUCCUGCCCUGACACGCUGGGUGUAUGCACGUGCCAACCCCUAUCCACACUUCAGGCCCACAUUCAAGACUUCUCUGCUGGGUACAUUGUUUGGAGUUGUACCUCUCUUCGCUCUCUAUGCUAUUUUCAAGACAAACAGGGACAAGAAGGAGGCAAUGAUCAAAGCCGGGACCCUCGAUCGCAAGUUCAGUUUGUCAUCAUGAGCACCAAUGUAUUAAAAUCUUUAUGUUCUAGUACUGCCAGUGAGUGUAAUUAUUAUAAAUCAAAUAAAAUUCUGUUGGAAAAACA